UUUGGUAGCUCGCAAUAACUGGCUUGCUUCAGGGAGCCAGUGGUGCAUCACUGUGCUUUGCGGUUCAAGACAGGUUGCAGAGGUUUUUGCCAGUAACACGCAGUAAGUCGCCAUGGGUCUUGCCUUCACCAAGAUAUGGCAGCGAAUGAUUGGGAAGCAGGAGAUGCGAAUCCUGAUGGUGGGUUUGGAUGCCGCAGGUAAGACAACGAUCCUGUACAAGCUGAAGCUUGGUGAGGUGGUCACUACUAUCCCAACGAUCGGCUUCAACGUCGAGACUGUCGAGUACAAGAACUUGUCCUUCACCGUUUGGGACGUGGGAGGCCAGGACAAGAUCCGCCCUUUGUGGCGCCAUUACUAUCAAGGCACCAAUGGGCUCAUCUAUGUGGUGGACAGCAAUGACCGUGAUCGUAUCGAAGAUGCUCGUGAAGAACUGACGAAGAUGCUGAACGAAGAUGAAAUGAGAGAUGCCGUGCUGCUGGUCUUUGCCAAUAAGCAGGACCUGCCUCAAGCAAUGACAGCGGCAGAGGUGACUGAGAAGCUCGGCCUUCACAAUUUGCGUCAUCGCCAGUGGUUCAUCCAAUCCGCAUGUGCGACCACAGGAGACGGCCUCUACGAAGGCUUGGAUUGGCUCUCCCGCACUUUGUCCUCUAAGCGCUGAGCUGGCAAGGGCUUUCGCAAGGGCGUUCAGGUUGCUCGAGGUUGGGGCGUAUCCUUGUGUAGUGGGUGCGUCCCGGAAGUAAUUCAGUUCUUUCUUUUCUUGGGCACGUCUUUGUGCGGCUGAUGUGUCCUCAUGGUCCUGGAUGAUACUCACAGCUUUUGCUACGGCAGAAAAAAAA